GUUGGUCACCUUAAUUCGCCACAUACACACACUCGACUUAAAUCCUGGCCGCUCACCACCGGUUCUACAUAAGUAUAUCAUCCUCAUCCUUGCAGCCUCCUGUAGCCACCUCCGGAAAUCACGCAGCCUUCCUCGUUGAAUAACCAAAGCGAAGGUCUACUCUGGGAAUGAGCCGGUCCAGGACAUCAUCUUCAUGGAGUAGCGAUCUCUAGUGAGAGGAACUAACAAGGUCCACCCCAAGGCUAGCAUGAGAGUGAGUCCAAAAAGGAGAGAGAUAGAGAGAGAGAGAGCGAGACGAGUAGAGCUCCCAUAUGUGCCAACUAAAAAUUAGUUAAUAACUAAAAAAUGAAUAACAUUUCACGCUUGAGGGAGCGAUAAAAGUCUGAUAACGAAAAGCAACAGAAACCGAAAACAUAACAAGGCCAACCCACAUCCACAUAUCUCCAGGACUAAGGACUAAGGAUUAAGGAUUAAGGACAAUGAUCAGCCUGAAUUAAAUCAAAAAGCAGUAGUUCCACCUUCGAAAUCAAAACAAUCCACUGAGCGGCCAAAAAAGUCAACCCAACAAACAGUUAACAUAAAAAAAGAAUCAACCAUGACCUUCUCCACUUUCACACGCAAGAUGCGCGGCCGGAUGCGCUCCAACACCUGCCGCAUCGUCCUGCUGACCUCCCUGGUCUGGGUGAUCUUCGAUUUCGUCCUCAUUGCCCGCUACUCGGACUGCAUCGGCAAGGAUGGCUGGCGCUGCAAGCGAUCCGGAGAGUAUGAUGUGGAGCUUCCGGAUGCUGAGCGUCUGGUGGACGAUAAUCAGCUGGUGGAUGACAAUGAAAUCAAUACGGAGAAAUCCCUGGAUGGCGACGGUGGCGGUGCUCUCAUUAUGGGCCAGGGCUUUGCACCCGGCGGCAUAUCCAUGACCUAUCCCAGCGUGGCGCUGAAGAAAUGGUUCCUGGCGCCCAGCGUCCAGGAGGCGAAGGGUAAGCCCGGCGAGAUGGGCAAGCCGGUGAAGAUACCAGCCGACAUGAAGGAUCUCAUGAAGGACAAGUUCAAGGAGAACCAGUUUAAUCUGCUGGCCAGUGACAUGAUCUCAUUGAAUCGCUCACUGACCGAUGUGCGGCACGAUGGUUGCCGCCGGAAGCACUAUCCCUCGAAGUUGCCCACCACCUCCAUUGUGAUAGUUUUCCAUAACGAAGCCUGGACGACGCUCCUGCGAACUGUGUGGAGUGUCAUUAACCGAUCGCCGCGGGCACUCCUCAAGGAGAUUAUCCUCGUGGAUGAUGCCAGUGAAAGGGACUUCCUGGGCAAACAGCUAGAGGACUAUGUGGCCAAGUUGCCGGUAAAAACUUUUGUCCUCCGGACAGAGAAACGGUCUGGCCUGAUCCGGGCACGACUCCUGGGCGCUGAGCAUGUUAGCGGGGAAGUAAUCACCUUCCUGGAUGCCCACUGCGAGUGCACCGAGGGCUGGCUGGAGCCACUCCUGGCCCGAAUCGUCCAGAAUCGUCGAACGGUUGUGUGUCCCAUAAUUGAUGUCAUCUCGGAUGAGACAUUCGAGUACAUCACAGCAUCCGACUCCACCUGGGGUGGCUUUAACUGGAAGCUAAACUUUAGAUGGUACCGAGUGCCGUCCCGUGAAAUGGCCCGCCGGAACAAUGACAGAACUGCUCCCCUGCGCACUCCCACCAUGGCCGGCGGCCUGUUCUCCAUCGACAAGGACUACUUCUAUGAGAUCGGCUCCUAUGACGAGGGCAUGGACAUUUGGGGUGGCGAGAAUCUCGAGAUGUCCUUCCGUGUUUGGAUGUGUGGCGGCGUGCUCGAGAUCGCCCCCUGCUCCCGUGUGGGUCAUGUCUUUCGCAAGUCUACGCCGUACACCUUCCCCGGCGGCACCACGGAGAUUGUCAAUCACAAUAAUGCCCGUCUGGUCGAGGUUUGGCUGGACGACUGGAAAGAGUUCUACUACAGUUUUUAUCCAGGCGCUCGCAAGGCUUCGGCUGGCGAUGUUAGCGAUCGCAAGGCUCUUCGUGAGCGACUCAAGUGCAAGAGCUUCCGUUGGUACUUGGAGAAUGUUUAUCCCGAGAGCUUGAUGCCUCUGGACUACUACUACCUGGGAGAGAUCCGCAAUGCUGAGACGGAAACCUGUCUGGAUACCAUGGGCAGAAAGUACAACGAAAAGGUCGGCAUUAGCUAUUGCCACGGCCUGGGCGGCAACCAGGUGUUUGCCUACACCAAGCGACAGCAGAUCAUGUCCGAUGAUCUGUGCCUAGACGCCUCCAGUUCCAAUGGUCCCGUCAACAUGGUGCGUUGCCACAAUAUGGGCGGCAACCAAGAAUGGGUUUAUGAUGCGGAGGAGAAAUGGAUUCGUCAUACGAACACGGGCCAGUGCUUGCAGCGUGCCACGCGGGAUGAUGCCAACACGCCGUUGUUGCGACCCUGCAGCUACGGCAAGGGCCAGCAGUGGCUGAUGGAGUCCAAGUUCAAGUGGCAGGCUCACUAGCUGGAUGGCGGCGGCGUCGGCGGCGGGACUCCCAACUAAAACUAAACUAAACGGAUCCUACUAACUAUACUGAGAACUUCCAUGUUUAUGUUCAAGAUUAUCUGGCGCUUGAUUUUGACAGUUAAUUAGCCUAAGUUCGUUCGGAUAUAAGUUCUCUCUAUAAUGCAUAUAUGUAUGUCUAUUUUUUUCCGGUGUGCAUGAAUGUGUUUUUUUGCUGCCGAAGAUUACCAUGCGGCAGUAGAAUGUCUUCCCAACUUUUGAUGCGCGUAUGUAUGUGAGUGCGUGAGAGCCAGAACUAAACUAAAACUUAGAUAUUGUAUCUGUGUACAUGAUAUGCAUGUAUAAUGUGUUUAUAUAGACGGUCAGAUUUACAAUUUAUAUAGGCGUGUGUAUCUGUAAAGUAUAUAUAUUUACAUUAGCUUCGACCAAGUACCAAUAAAUUGGCAUUUAACUGA